UGCGGUUGCUGAGCGCUCCAAACAUAACGGUAAACGGUCCUCGAAACUGUGUUUUGCCAUAUUUGUCUUAUCGUAUCGCCGUACUUUGGGCCUAGGGACCGCCCCGUUCGUAGUAAACUCGCAUAUUCUGACAAAGUGCACACACCUUUUGGCAGGCGGCGAAAAGUUUGUGUCCGCGUAAACUUUUCCACUUGUGUUUGCCCAUGCGGUGCGCCUGUGUGUGUUUGCCAACUAAUCCAAACAUGUGAACCCACAAACAAAUCAUCUUCAACACUAUCCACCCAGUCGAACGGAGCGUUUUCCCAAGUGAUCUGAUCGCCGCGCCGUAAAAGUUUUCCCUUGACCAGCGCUCUAAUGGUAAAUGCAACGAUAAAGUUGUUUUCCGAAAUUCGGCGAAAAGUUGCCAGCCAACUGUCCUCAUAAAAUAUGCCAAGACAUUUACAUCGCCCGGCCCAACUGCUUUAAGCCCGCUGGCACCCGUUGGCCAUCAAAGUGUUAAAGUGCUAUAAAAAAAGAGCCAUGUCCGAAUCGGGAUCGAUACACCUGCACGCACCUGUCGCGAGGCCGUUGUAAUGCUAAUAAAUUCUCGGACGCCAUUGGUUUAAUUAAAGAACCGUCAGAGCCGGACUCCGCGGAGGGCACUCGACCAGCCUGCAGAGGAGGUGGACGGGCUGAAGGCAGGGGCAUUGUUCGACCAGAAGGACACUCGCCAAUCUGUGGACGCGCCUACGCUCGCCGCGGCCCAAUCGGGCCACUGGCGGCUAUCUGCUGACGGGCACAAGUGCGCCGCGUGACGAUGAGUUCGUCGCAGGACGGAGGCAUCUCCUGGAUCAGGGCAAGGAUAAGGAUAAGGAGCAGCAGCAGCAGCAGCAGCUGGGGCGGCGGGCUUACGCACCUGCCGAUGAGUGCUUAAUUAAUGUGACGGACUUUAGUGAUAUUCAAAUAAGUGAGGGAACUGGCGAGGCAGCGGCCAAGACCAUCACCGAGCUGAGAGUGCCCACCAUAACGACCACAAACAACAGCACCACCAUACACAGCAACAGCAACAGCAGCAACAUCAACAGCAACAGCAACAGCAGCAACAUCAACAAUAGCAACAUGUCGCGCCUUAUACAACCACGAUAUCGUUUUCGAGAUCUAUUACUGGGCGAUUUCUCAUUCAACGACGACGGCGAAAGAGUUCGUGUGGAGUACUAUGUGAACGAAAACACAUUCAAAGAAAGACUGCAACUCUAUUUCAUUAAGAAUCAGCGUUCAAGCCUGCGCAUACGAAUCGCCGAUUUAUUCCUUAAGUUACUGUCGUGUGUUCUCUACAUAAUACGUGUGAUAUUGGAUAAAAAUCCAACAUUUAUAACAUGCUAUGGCUGCGAAGUGGGCAAUAAGACGGAGUUCAUCAUCUCGGCCAAACUGACGGAGGAGGAGUUCCAGGAGAACCCCAUCAUCAACUGGGACGCAAUACUCUGGGUGAAUCGGCCAACAGUGCUCUGGGUCCUGCAGCUCCUUCUAGCCAUGGUGUCGCUAACGCAAUCCUUGGUUCUCACAUAUCUAGGCUAUAAGGGCAACAUCUGGCAGCAGAUACUCUCCUUUCACUUUAUACUAGAAUUAGUAACGACAAUACCCUUUGCACUUACGAUUGUCCAUCCCCCGCUAAGAAAUUUAUUCAUUCCCAUUUUCCUCAAUUGCUGGCUGGCCAAGCGAUCGCUGGAGAACAUGUUUAAUGACCUCCAUCGCGCCAUGCAAAAGUCCCAGUCAGCCCUCUCCCAGCAAUUGACCAUUCUAUCAGCCACACUGCUGUGUUUGGUCUUCACGAGCGUUUGUGGUAUCCAGCACUUUCAGCGCGCUGGCCAUCGACAUUUGAAUCUCUUUCAGAGCACAUACUAUGUGGUUGUGACCUUCUCCACAGUGGGAUACGGCGACUUUGUGCCGGACAUUUGGCCCUCGCAGCUCUAUAUGGUCAUCAUGAUUUGUGUCGCCCUCAUUGUGUUGCCCACGCAGUUUGAGCAGCUGGCUUUCACGUGGAUGGAGCGCCAAAAGCUGGGCGGCAGCUACAGUUCACAUCGCGCCCAAAGCGAAAAGCACGUGGUGGUGUGCUCCACCACCCUGCAUGCGGACACCAUAAUGGACUUCCUCAACGAGUUCUAUGCCCAUCCGCUUCUGCAGGACUUCUAUGUGGUGCUGCUGAGUCCAAUGGAGCUGGACACGACGAUGCGGAUGAUCCUGCAGGUGCCCAUUUGGGCGCAGCGCGUCAUCUACAUUCAGGGAUCCUGUCUGAAGGAUGGCGACUUGGCGCGCGCCAGGAUGAACGAGGCGGAGGCGUGCUUUAUCCUGGCGGCCAGAAAUUAUGCAGACAAAACGGCCGCCGAUGAGCAUACGAUUCUACGCUCCUGGGCCGUCAAGGACUUCGCACCGAAUGUACCGCAGUAUGUGCAGAUAUUCAGACCUGAGCACAAGCUGCAUGUGAAGUUCGCGGAGCACGUGGUCUGCGAGGACGAGUUCAAGUACGCCCUACUGGCCAACAACUGCACCUGUCCCGGCGCCAGCACACUGGUCACCCUGCUGCUCCACACAUCCCGCGGACAGGAGGGCCAGCAGAGUCCAGAGGAAUGGCACCGCCUCUACGGCAAGUGUUCCGGAAACGAGAUCUACCACAUCGUCCUGGGCGACAGUCGAUUCUUUGGCGAGUACGAGGGCAAGAGCUUCACCUACGCCAGCUUCCAUUCGCAUCGCAAAUAUGGAGUGGCCCUGGUGGGCGUGCGACCGGCGGAGCUGCCGGAAUUCUACGAGGAAACCAUUCUAUUGAAUCCCGGACCCAGGCACAUUAUGAAAAAGGAUGACACGUGCUAUUACAUGAGCAUCACCAAGGAAGAGAAUUCCGCAUUUGUCGUUAAUCAAAAUCAAACAUCGGACCCCACGGCAGCUGCCAAGGAGGGGGGCGGGACAGGGGGCGGAGGUGGUGCCUCCUCAUCCGCCUCCCACCACCCCACUGCUGCAACUGCUAGCGAAAAUCCGACGGCUGUGAUAAUCUCGGACUCUAGGCAGAACCUCAAGGACACGACGGUGACCCAGACGGCGGCAACGAUAACCACAACGACCCUGCCGCCACCGCCCCAGACGAUGGGAUCUCCCAGCAUGGCGGGCGGAUCGGGUGGAUGUGGUGGAGGCGGCCUCGGCUUGGGCAGUGCCCACAGCAUGGGCACCUCGCUCAGUAUCACCCCGGCCACACUGACCACCACGGGCAAUCACCUGGAUGUGCCCUUUGCCAACAAUCCCAACCUGCUCAGCCCAGAUGUGCUCAACCAGCGGAGGGGUAGUAGACGUCCCUCGAUCCUGCCUGUGCCCGACAUGUUCACCUCCUCCUCAUUCAGCAUUGCCGGCAACGACGAUGGCGAAGAGGGGGACGAGAGUGAUGAUGAGAUCGACGACGAGAUGCCCUGGCGUUCGCCAUCCGAGAAGAUUGCCUGCUUGGGCGGGCACUUUCCACAAUCGCGCACUUAUUCGCUCAUCAUGAGCUCCUCGGAGGAUUCGUAUCAGCGCGGUUGCAGCUUCUGCAGUGCCACUGCUUCCGCUUCCGCUGCUGCUGUUGCUGCUGCUCCUGCUCCUGCAUAUCCAAGUGAUUCUGCAGGCGAGUCCGGAACUAAUGCCGAUUCCGCUGCCAUGCCGUCCGAGGAGUAUCUACCCCAGUUGCGCAGGCGCGUCAUGAAAAAGAGCUACAGCUGCGAUAGUGAGUGCCGCUCGGUGCCCGGAAUGGGAAUGGGAAUGGCCAUGGGUGUGGGCCUGAAUGGAGGAACUCUGGCCAGACUGGCAGCCAGAAGGCGUCAGUUGCAGCGAUGUUGCUCCUGCAGUUGCUCCACUGCCACCACAACAACCACGCCGGCGGUGGCAGCGACAACAGCAAUGGCAGCAGGAAGUGGGGCAACGGCAUUCACGUCGAGCAGUUCCGUAGAGACACGUCGACCGGUGCGUCCGGUUUGGGUCUACGACUACUCCUGCAUCGUCAAGGGGUUUCCACCUGUUUCACCCUUCAUUGGCGUUAGUCCCACGCUCUGCUACUUGCUCAAAGAGAAGAAGCCGCUCUGCUGUCUGCAGUUGGCUCAGGUCUGCGAGCACUGCAGCUAUCGAAACGCAAAGGAAUACCAGUGGCAGAACAAGACGAUUAUCCUGGCUGCGGAUUACGCCUCCAAUGGCAUAUACAACUUCAUCAUCCCGCUAAGAGCUCACUUCCGAUCGAAGACCUCGCUGAAUCCCAUCAUCCUGCUCCUGGAGAGAAGGCCAGAUGUGGCCUUCCUAGAUGCGUUGUCUUACUUUCCUUUGGUCUACUGGAUGCUGGGGUCGAUCGACUGCCUGGACGAUCUGCUGAGGGCUGGCAUCACUUUGGCAGAAAGUGUGGUGGUGGUCAACAAGGAGCUCUCCAAUUCGGCCGAGGAGGACUCCCUCUCAGACUGCAACACCAUAGUGGCCGUGCAGAAUAUGUUCAAAUUCUUUCCCAGCAUCAAGAGCAUUACCGAGCUGUCGCAGAGCUCCAACAUGAGGUUCAUGCAGUUCCGGGCCCACGACAAGUAUGCCCUCCAUCUGAGCAAAAUGGAGAAGCGCGAGAAGGAGCGCGGGUCGCACAUCUCCUAUAUGUUCCGUCUGCCCUUUGCCGCAGGAGCCGUGUUCAGUGCCUCCAUGUUGGACACCCUGCUGUACCAGGCCUUCGUGAAGGACUAUGUGAUUACCUUUGUGCGGCUGCUGCUGGGCAUUGACCAGGCGCCGGGCAGUGGGUUCUUGACCUCGAUGCGCAUCACCAAGGACGACAUGUGGAUACGCACCUAUGGUCGGCUGUACCAGAAGCUGUGCUCCACCACCUGCGAAAUACCCAUUGGCAUUUACCGCACGCAGGACACCUCGAAUGCGGACACGUCUCAUGUGAGUAACUCGCCGGUCGAGAGAUGGGGACCCUUCUCGGCCUUCAGCAGGCAUUGUGUGCGCUUGCGUCCAUCGUACGACGAGGAGACCGGCACGCCCGACUCGACGAAGGACUCGACGGAAAUGCUGCGCGGGGUCACCUACCGUCCGCCUGGGUCGGCAACAGGUGGCGCCAGCAGCUUCCGGCCUCAGCCGCAACGCCAGCGGUCGGUCAACUGCCUGGGCGGUUGCUCGGAGCGCAAAGGAUCAUCCUACUCCAUCAAUCUGGCCGACGAGGCGAGGGAUAACCAUGCCCAGCAGAUCGAGCGGGCGGAGAUCGCGAAUCUCGUGCGAAGUCGGAUGGAGUCUCUGAAUCUACCCACAAUCGACUACGACGAUGUGAGCGAGAAACGCAACCACCUGUCCUAUGUGAUAAUCAACCCGAGCUGUGAUCUCAAACUGGAGGAAGGCGAUCUCAUAUACUUGGUGAGGCCGUCGCCGUUCUCUGCCCAAAAGACCUUCGAGCGACACAACUCGCGCCGCAAGUCGAACAUCUCGUUCUGCUCGAACAUCAACCUGGGUGCCACAUGCGGCCCUCAGAUGCCGCAGAUGAACAUGAACAUGGCCAACACCGCCGUCGGGGCUGGAUCGCGUCGAGGAUCCGGCAUUGCCGGAUUGAACCCCAUGCAAAUGCAGAGCGUUCAGACCUUGGCCGGGUAUGGAUCAUCCUCGCAGCGCUGUAGUCCCCCGAUGCAGCAAAUUAAAUCGAAUUCUCUUUCUCUACCCGACAGUCCGACGGUGGUUGGCAAUCAGCGAGGACGGAGUAACUCAUUGCGGAUCGACAACGAUAUCCUGCUGCGUCGAUCCUCGUCCCUGCGACAGGGCCUUCCCAGCGUGGGCGUCAGCCACGGCCGGAGAAAGUCGUCGCUGGAAGAGAUCGGCAUUAGCCACUUCACUACCCUCAUGCAGGCAACGAACCAUAGUAAUCCCAUUAAGAUAUCCCUAAACGGUAGCAUCGGCAUGGAGAACCAGAUAUCCUUGCAGGUGACACCGCCCGAGGAGCCCACACCCAUGUUAGGUGUGCCCUGUGUGUUAGGCGGUGGCGGUGGAGGUGGCAUUAACCCAUCUGGAGCAGGUUCCUCCACCGGAGGCAUGCUGGGUGGUGGCUCCUCACUGGCCAUCAAUACUGCUGACCUGGGACCCGGACCAAGUACCUCAUCGGGCGCCAGUGGAUCACUGCAAGCACAGGACUCGCUGGGACAGCAGUCAUCUCAGGUGUCAUCGCCACAGCAUUUGCAGGGAACGAUCGUAUGAUACAACCUGAUGUGGGGGCGCCGACUCCGCUCCUCCAUGUCGAAAAACAAGUGGAUAUAGAAUACGGCCAGCACACACAGACACACCCGUAGAGAUAAGUUCUAGGCAGAGCGAAAGUAUUAGGAACCCAGCCAAAUAAACCCACCCACCCCAAAGGCUGUCUGUGGUGUGCGUUCCCGGUUAGUCCACUUCGAGUCCCAUUAGAUUAGUCUCGUACGUUUAAUAGAUCACUAGGGAGUGGCGCGUGCUUAUCAGUUUAUCGCUAGGGAGUAGGCAUAUAUUGUAUAUUGCAUGUUUUGCAAAUUAGUUGUAAGCUAUGAACAUGUCAGCUUUGCACAAAGGAAGCCGCGGCAAAUUGUGUUUUGGGAACAACAAAUGUAGUUAAACUAUUGGAUAGGUGGGAAGAUGAUUGAGAAAACUGUAUAACUGUAUAUAUCGGAUGCCUAGUUCUAAGCCAGAUGUAGCAAACUAUCAAAUAGAUCGGGCUUUAACGCAAAAACCAUGUAUAUACCUUAGGUAUGACCACUUAGUUGGGCUUCAGCUCGGUUUAGCUUCCCCUUCCUUCGGGAGGAUCUUCCUCUGACCCACUUAUAACCCCAUAUAGAUACAUAUAUGAAGGUGCUAUCGAUGUCUUGUACUAUACACACAUUCAGAUUCACAUUUUGUAAAACUACUAGGAGUGUUUUACGUAAUUAUAGGAGAGAAAGAAGGAGAAAAACAAACCAGAAAGUGAAACGGUUUUCAUAACAUAAAUUGGAACGGGCUUUGGUAUACUCUAAUGCUUUACAAAACCAACAGAAAUAUGUAUACAUAUAGUAAAAUAAAUCAAAGAAUUUGUAUAUAAACUAUGUGAGUAAGAACCAACCAUGCAUUAAAACUUAAAAAAAGGAAAACAAACUACUAGAACUUUAUGAACAAAACUUAAUUCGAAAGACAACAGAAUUUAGAUAUAGAGUUUAGAGUUAACUAUUUAAGGCUAGUUCGAACCAAGGAUCAAGUAUCGGAAACUGUACCAAAUUCAAUGAGCUAUGUGAACCAGCGUUCGCAUCUAACACAACCCUGUAGCAAAGUGUAACUCAAUUCGAUCCCAGCUAUAGGCUCUUUAGAAAUUAAUUAAAGCAAACUAUGUACCUACUCAACCACAUGCCACAUACCACACAAACAUUCACACUCACAAAAAUGUUAGUUAAAGCACUUACGUCAGUUUUAUAAGGAAAUUUUAGUCAACGAUGACGAUGAAAUGCAUUCCAGUGUCUCGAGGGAAUACCUAGUUUAGCUUAUGCCUAGCACCCCAGAAACCUAUUUAUAUAGACAUAUAUAGUUCCGUAUACUACUGAAUGAAUCUGUACAUCUGCAACCACAUAGGCCACAUAGAUCAAAUCGAUGUCUCAAUGUACAAAAGUAGUUAACUGAGCCGCAAUUGGCAUUGUCUGCGGCAUUAGAGAUACGAUUAGUGCGGACUAGGGUAUAAACUUGCUGUAAUAUUUAUCGGCGCCUUGCUCUUUAAGGCAUGCCGAGCAGAACUCACAAUAAACUCAAACUAUAGUUGGAAAUAAA